AUGUCCUACAACCUACCGCCCCCAGCCUCACCAGCAACCUCUGGACUCGAUUUCGCGGACAAGCCCUAUCAUCCCUCGCGCAUCGACCCUCUCACCCGCUUCCGUGACAAUGUGAGCCAAGUCCGGCGCUGGAUCGAGAGCAACCUCUCCAACUUCGCCCACCUGAACCAAAUCGUCGUCCUCCGGCUCGGUUCCGACGCCCUCCCCCACCAGCCCCUAACCAUUGACGCAACCAAAGUGCCGCCCGUCCUCUCCACCACCAUCCCCUCCGGCCCCCACACAGCAAUCACCAUCCUGCCAGAGUACAUCCUCGAUGCCGUCCAAGGGCGCAUGCACAGCCAACACGCCUUUGGGAAGCGCGCCUCGCCGCCCACCCUCGGCGCCAUACCCUCCUGCUUCGCCCCUGGCGGCGUUCCGGGGCCUUGCGCCGCUGCCGACCCGAAGACGCUGCCGAGGCCAACGGAAGACGUGGCGCAGCUGAAGCGCGAUUUGACGCAAUGGGGGUACGCCAUCUGCGCGAAUGCGCUGAGCACCGCGCAGGUGCGGAUGAUUCGGACGGCGGUGGAGGAGCAGGCGGAGGCGGAGAGGUUGGUGGGCGUCGGGCAUUUGGAUACCGCGCACAAGGCGGCGAGGGAUCAGCCGAAUCAGCGGGUUUGGAACCUUCCCAACAAAGGCGACGAGUUCCUCGACCUGCUCAACCACCCGCUCAUCGACGCCAUCAUGCCGUGGUUCCUGGGCGGCAACUUUAGCCUCUUUACCAUGUCGGCCAAUAUCGCGUGCCCCGGCACGUCGGGUAUAUACAUGCACCGCGACCAGAUGGUCAUGGCGCCAGAUACGACGGCGCAUGCGUACGUGCUGAAUACGAUGUGGUAUUUGACUGAUGUGACUGAUGAAAAGGGUGCCACGCGGGUGUAUCCGGGGAGUCAUGUGAUGGAUGUGCUGCCGGUUGAUAUAAAUCACGUUGGCACAUCCAUCCCCGCUGCGGCACCAGCGGGCUCCUGCGUGCUCCUCGACAGCAGAACCUGGCACUCGACGGGCGUCAAUACGACCAGCGAGACGAGGCCGGUUAUCCUGCAGUCGUUUUGCAGGUUCUUUGUGCGGCCGAUUGAAAACUACCAGUCUAUCUUGAGCGAGGAGGUCAGGGCCAAGUUGUCGGAGCGUCAGAGGGCGCUGUUGGGUUUGCCGAGUUUGAUGCCUGGUGGCAAGGGACAGGGGUUUGCGGCCUAUAACUGGCCGGGCACGCACGCUGGGAGGAUGAGGGCUGCUAUUGGGAAGGAAUAG